AAAAUAAUUGUACAAAAUCAGAAUGAUCAUCCCAGUCCGUUGUUUCACUUGUGGAAAGGUCAUUGGCAACAAAUGGGAGGCCUACCUCGGGCUUCUACAAGCCGAGUACACUGAGGGUGAUGCCUUGGAUGCCCUCGGCCUGAAGAGGUACUGCUGCCGCCGCAUGCUGCUCGGACACGUGGAUCUGAUUGAGAAGCUUCUCAAUUAUGCACCACUAGAAAAAUAAAUGAAAUAUAAAGUAGGUUAUAA